UUGACAUAAUCGCGUUUAAUGUAAACUCACUUGUGGACCUUGAAGAUCAUUCUGCUAAAAUUUCUGGUAUCGUGUCAUGCCGUGCGUUAUCACCUGAUCCUUUAAUCAUAGUUCAAGGAAAAUUCCGCUUAUUUGUGAAAGAAAAAACUCGGGUUGAUGCAAAUGCAAUAAUGUAUAAUCUUAACUUAACAGCAACAGAUGGAUCUAAAUAUAGAUUCAAAGGAGUCAAACUCUUGGAUAAUAGCAAUUUAUUAGGUGCAUUAAUGGAUAAAAGUUAUUGGCAGAGGAAUCUUGACAAUAAAAGCAGGCGAUUUUAUUACACUAAUGGAGACGCUCAAAGCACAACAAAUAAGCAAAAAACAGGUGCCUUUUUCAAAUUUACCGGCUUCUUUGCUAGUAACUUGAUACAACGUACUUUUACCAGGUUUCUUCCUUUACAAUAUACUUCAAAUGUGAAUGCAUUGACUCUUCAGUCCUUUGAAAAACCCAGGCCUGAAAGAGAAGAAUUUACAGUGAUAUCUGAGGAUGAAGUAACAACCAAAUUAUUUAGAUAUAAGGGUGGAAACAAGGGUCCUGUUCUUUUG